AUACAAUUGGCUACCACCUCAGCCACCCACCAUAUUGGCAGAACAGACAGAGUGAGUUAACUCAUCUUCACCGCAUAUCUUUUGUUCCAAGUUCUUCCAACCGAUACUAGAAUUACUAGUUCAGUUCUUCCACCGUCUCUCUGUUUUUGCACCCUCACAACUUAGUCACUAGCUAUGGCCAGCCAUCACCUUUUCCUCAACACCUCUUCACGAUCGCUGCGGAUCAAGCAACACUCUGCGUGUUUCCUCGCCGCAAUCAGGAGAUAUAGCCUAAUCGAGCCGAAGACAGAAAGCAGCGGGCUGGAAACAGAGAGAACGGAGCCGAAAAAGCUGGAAGAGUACGAGAGAUUACGGGAGGAGUACGAGAGGCUGAAGGAAGCAAAGGCGCGACAAGGGUUUGCAAGUCAGACUAUUGAGAAGGCGUCCGAUGCUGCCGAAGAGGCAGUGCUUGGGGAAAGCAGAUUUGAAACUGUCAAGGAAAGAUACAAGGAGCCUGUAGGCAAGGGCAACUUCCACAAGCCUAGGGAUGAAUAGAAAAAAGAUCGGAUUGGAGGCAGGAGGAAUGAACUAAUUACUUGUUCAAAAUGGUGUGUAAUGAUACUGUUCUCCUGUUUUUGU